UCAUCCAAUGAGGAACGUAAGCGCGCAAAGUGAAUACGAGAAAGAUGGGAGAUUACGAAAGGACGAUGUGAUGAUUCUGAAGGGUUGGGCGGAAAAGCAGCGCCACCUACCACCGAUUUCUGAGGUUCAGCUCAUCUUCUUCCUGCACAGCUGCUACUACAGCACGGAGUUGGCCAAAUCGACGAUCGAGUCGUUCUUCACGCUGCGCGCCCAAUGCCCGGAGUUCUUCGCGAAUCGAGAUCCCCGAAGGGCGGAAGUCCGAGUGCAGAUCGAUUCGAGUUGCUUUGUGAGUCUCCCAAAGAAAACACACGACGGCAACCGAAUCUUAUUGUACAAGAUGUUUGUUAGUGAGAUAGGAAAAUUUGACCCAAACGAAACCGUCAAGCUUCUGGAUAUGGGUAUCACACUCGAUUUGUUGCAAAAUGGUACAGCGGACGGUAUAGUCGUUGUUUGCGAUCUCGAGGGGGCGACAUUUGCUCACAUAUUAAGAGUUAGCCUUUCGACAGUGCGAAACUCCUAUACGUACCUGCAGGAUGCAGUUCCCGUCCGUCUAAAAGCAGUGCACUACUUUAAUGCGAUAGGUAUACUCGAUAGUAUCAUGGCCAUGAUAAAACCUGUCGUGAAAAACGAGCUGUUUAAUUCUUUGCACGUCCACGGUUCCGUAGAAACGGUCUUCCAAUACGUUCCAAAGGAGUACUUUCCCAGUGACUACGGUGGCCAACAACCCUCGUUGAAAGAACUCCAUGAGACCCAUAUUCAAAAUUUGAUCGACUUCGCCGAAUACUUCGUAAACGAAGAGACGCAGAUUGCCGAUGAAACAAAGAGGGUUGCAAGGCCAGCCAAUGCCAAUGGUACUUUCGGCGCGGAUGGUUCGUUUAAACGGCUAGAGAUCGAUUAAUAUACUGAUAAUAAAAUUUGCUCUUCGUUAAGAAAUUUAAAAAUGAUGAUACCUGCACGUAAAACUUUAUUAUGCCGACGGUUAGCUCAUAGUUUAUUGCAGUCGGCAAUAAAAUCAAAAAUAUCACAAUCAUUACGUAUGUUGUAAUAACCCAGGUCCAGCCGGGAAGCGACUGCGUAACACAAAAUCAAAAAUCAAAGCUCCUAGCCGCACACAACCGAGAGUAGCUCUAGGGUCUUU